AUGUCUCCGCAACUUAAAAUAUUAACCCCAAUUGGUAUGCUCGGAUAUUCAUACAACAAAGAAACAUUUUGGGCCGCCGUUGAAGCUGGGGUGGAUGCAAUUAUUCUCGACAGCGGCUCAACUGACAGUGGUCCAUCCAAGCUUGCAUUGCGGAAAAGCAUUCAAACAAACGAAGCCUAUAAGAAAGAUUUGGAAGAUAUUGUUGCCGCAUGCCAUUAUCAUAGGACCCCAGUGUUGAUUGGUGAGAAAUCCCAGAAAUUUGAAGUUGCAGAAUCUAACUUCUUUAAAGGAUCAGCUGGUGGUGAUGGAAGUACUCGAGGCGUGAAUCAAAUCGGCGACAUAAUUCAAUCCGUCAUUGAACGUGGGGGUUACAGAUCAAUGAAAGUUAUCAAGAUACUAGCUGAAAUUGAGAAGGAUGUUAUACGGGAGAAGCACCGACGUGGAAUGAUUCGCCCAUGCGGCAUUUCUGUACCUGAUCUUGUCGAGGAAGACAUCAAUGAAGCCAGAACCAUUGUUGCUCAGAUGGGCGUCGAACCUUGGAUAAAGGCUAUGAAUGACCACCCGGAUUUCGACAUCAUGAUUGGAGGAAGAUCCUAUGAUCCAUCUCCAUAUGCUGCAUUCUGUGCAUGGAAAGGCUUUCCUGAUCUUGGAAUAAGUUACCACAUGGGUAAAAUCAUGGAGUGCGGCGGUCUUUGCACAUCUCCGAAAUCUCGAGAAGCUCUUGCGACAGUUCGACACGAUUACUUUGAUAUCACGCCGUUGGACCCCGAGUCUGUCUGCACUAGUACCUCCGUUGCUGCCCAUACCCUAUACGAGAAAACUCGACCAGACGUCCUUGUAGGACCUGGGGGAACCCUCGACCUUCAUUCGACAACAUAUGAAGAGCUGGAGGACGGGAGAAGUGUUCGCGUCAGAGGUGCCAAGUUUAUCCCGGUGAAAGACAACGAGUAUACUAUCAAACUGGAGGCGGGCAAACUUGACGGCUUCUUCAGCAUUUUCAUGGGAGGUUUUCGAGAUGCGGUGCUUAUAUCUCAAAUUGACAAGUUCCUAGAAGCAAUGAAAACAUAUGUUGCGCAGAAAAUUGAUUUUCCUUUUGAUAUCAACGUUCAACUGUUUGGCCGAGAUGCGGUAAUGGGUGCUUUGGAGCCAAAUUCUGGCCAGACAGGCCAUGAACUUGGGAUUCUUUUGCGAGCACGCGCAGAAACUCAAGACCAAGCGACACAUGUAUGUCAAUCUGCUCGGGUCUACUGCAUGCAUGCCCCAUAUCCCGGUCAAAGAGCAAGUGCUGGCAACUUCGCCAUGCCUUGCGCGCCUCUUGAUAUUCCAAUGGGACCCGUGUCGGAGUUUUGCAUGUAUCAUCUUAUGACAGUCUCCGAUCCGUGUGAAAAUUUCCCUAUCACUGCCAUUGUCAUGGAAGGCUCCAAUACAGCGCCCCAACGUGACUCUAGCGGGGUUGACGUUCAGGUGGUAGUCAACCGUCAUGCAACUGCAACAAAUGGAGGGAUUCAGACGAAAAGCGCCAAAUCAACAGUCACCACAAGUGUUCUUGGAAGAGAGCCUCCAACAGGCCACAAAUUUCUUGCUGACUUGGCCAGUGUUGUGCGAAGUAAGAACUCAGGCCCCUACGAACUUACGUUUGAUGUAAUGUUCUCGACUGAGCAGAGCCGUGACAUUGUCAAAAAUGCAAAAAUUUUGACUGCUGAGAAAAUUUCUACGUUAUAUAAUGUGCCCGUGAGCGACGUUAUAGCAUGUCUAUGGUGGGAUCCUGCUAUCGCCUUCAAAGCCACAAUCAAAAGGUCAAUUGUGAGCGGGUCAUUCCAUGAUAGCGAUGCUCACGGAAGUGCUCAACAUAUGCCGUUCAUGGAAUUGCCAAUACCAGUUGGAAACAUAGCAAUAUAAUCCAUUAAAAAUCAGGUAAUCAGCGAG